AUGACAGCGAAUACUGUCCGAGACGCGUUCGGCCGACUUCCCGAGGAGCUCAGGAUACAAAUUAUCAAAUCCUCGCCUGACCCCUGGUCGCUAUGGAGCUUGACUUACGCGUCACCCGUCAUGGGCAGAGUGCUCGACCGAUAUCCGUUGGAGAUUCUGGAGGUAGUCCUCGACGCUGCCGUCCCUACAACGACUCGUCGCCUCAUGUACGCGCUUCUCAAAGUGCGGUUGCAGCGCUUUCCAGCAUCCUUGGCUGAGGCUAAGGAGGUUGCCAUCGCGGAGGUGACGGAGGUGACGGAUGAUAUGCGUUCGUUCCCACUGGAUCGAGCUGCGGAGGCAGUACGGUACUUGCUUGCUACCGCUGAAAACGUGCAUACCUGGUCUCAUGCCUGCCUCGAACAUUUGAUACAAAAGUCGUUGGAUAUGCGGCCUUCUACCAUCAUUGAGCAAGGACGUUCGAGUUCACUUUGGGAGAUAUUCGGAAACGCAGAAAGUCGUAAGGACUUUCUACCACAGUGUACAGGCCCACCUUCGUGGGUGGAAGAGCAGCGGAUGAUCAAAGCUUUCUGGCAGUUGCAAUUCAUAUUGGAACUUCAGGACGCCGGUAACAAGGGCCGACUGAGUUCCCAUUGGUCGGGACAAGAAGUUGAUGUGUUGUCAAAUAUCAACGUGGAUUGCUUCUACGUGCAUCGCAGUUACAUUGGGCCGACCCAUUUUGAGGGCCAUCAAAUCUUGACCGCUAGCGAAUUUCUUGGCGCAGUCACCUCUGGCACUAUUACCUCGGUAGAGGCUUUUGGCAAUGAUGCUUAUGGCUUACCAACAAUACAUUGGACUCGAGUGCCCGCGCCAAGGUGUUCCUGUGCCCAGCCGCUUUUCUUCGAGCGUAACAGUAAACAGGACAGAUUCCAACAAGGAAUAGAACACCUGGAAGGUCCUCCGAGGUCGAUCACGAUGUGGAACCUUAUGUCUUCCGAACCUCUUGACGGGCAACCGUAUCUGUGGAAUAUUCCCUUCGAUCCCUUUCGCAAAUUUGGGUUCGCCAUAUGGGACAACCAGCGCAUGGUAGACCUAGGCAUGCGGAGCGGGAACCCUAGGAGUCUGCUUGGAGCAUACCCACGUGACUGUUUCAGAUGGUGGAGCAUCUUGACCGAGGAGGAAAUUGGCUUUUUCAAGGAGCUGCAAAGAAUGAGAGAGAUUCUCAAAUGUGAGAUUCCAUAUGUGUACACACCUGACCCAUGGAACCCUGACCCUCUAGCUGAUGGGUGA